AUGAAAACUACACUUGCAAGAGAUAUCUUAAAAAAACAAGGAAACCCAAUGAUGUUGAAAUUACAUGCACCAAAACUAACCUUAUUGGAAAUGGACUCACCUCCUCAAGGAUUCUACACAAAAGAGUUUUUUGAGAAGAAUAAAAAUUAAAUUCAUAUUUAUGAAUCCAUCGAGGAAAAUAUGAAGUAUCAUUACCUUAAUCCAGAAUCAAUUUUUGAUCCUUAAACAUAAACAGACAUGUUUUACCCUUACAACAACAAUAUGAAAAUUAAUAGAGAUUUGCAUCUUAUUUUGGCAGAAGCAUAUUUUGGUUCAACUAAACCUAAAGCAGCAAUCUUAGGUGGCUAAGCAACUUCCCGUUUGGUGAGGUACAUUUAAGAUUUAAAUUAUGACCCAGUUGCUUGUGAUAGUAAAAGGAAUUUCAUAGACUUCACAAAUUAUAUUUUAAAUCUAAAUGGGCUUUCAUCUCCAUAGUUAGUAUAAAUGGAUAAAUAUGAAUAUCUCACAGGUAAGAAGUUCGAUUUCAUUGAAAUUGAGGAGAUCUUUCGUAAACCAUUUGCAUUAGUCGUGCCAGCUCUUAAGGCAAUUAAUGAUGGUGGAUUGUUGAUAUACACGAUAUAAAAUUUCUCACCUAAUUUUAUGUCAAUUGGAAAACUAGCUAAAUCGCAAAUCCACUUUUUCCCAAAUGACGUACAUUGCAAUUCUGAAAUCAUACUUUAAGGAUCUCUUGCUAAAUUUGCCUAAGUUGCACACGAUCUUGGCAAACAUAUUGAACCUCUCUACACUUAAGCCACUGCGAAUCAAGUAGGAAAUGUUACUCUAUGUAUGGCAGUUAGAAAUGGGAAAAAGGAUCUAAAUCUAUUUAAUGCUUAUUGUACUACAUGUGGUCAAUUUAAAAGUGGCUGCGACUAAUCUAAAUUUUGUUCUUUCACAGGAAUGGGUUCAUUGUAUGCAUAGAAUUUUGAUCAAAACAAAUAAUUUUUACACAAGUGUUUACAAAUUAACAAAUAUACUAAUUGGGGAUUUUUAGAACAAAUGUUAAAUUAAGUAUACAAAAUACCUAGCGACAGUUAUCCAUUCUAUGUUAAUAAAUAUAUGUAAUAUGAGAGUUCCUUUUACUUUUAUGAGGUUUUAGGAAACAGCGAAGGAUAUUUCGUAUCCAAAUCUCCUUAUCAUAAUAUGCCCACUAUUUACACCAAUAUGCCUUGGAAUAUAUUGAUGGGCAAGGUUCAUUCAUUUAUGAUUGAAACUAAUUAACAGCCUUCCGCUUAUAUAGCAUCCUUCCCUAAACAACCAUUAGUUCAUAACAAUAUUCAACCAGCAGUAAGAAUACAAUAUGAUGAGGAAAUCAAAUUAUAACCACUUCCAAGGACAUUAAAAGUCAAAAGACAAGACGAUUAUGGAUGGCAAAAUUGA